AUGAGCAGCAACUUUGGCUUCUCUCCAUUGCCUGAAGAAGAGCAUGCUUCAUUAGAUGAUUGUUUGAAGUUACUCAGAGGAGAAAGGGACGAACAACGACUAGCGGGACUACUACUAGUAACAAAGUUGUGCAAUAAAGAUGAUCACAUCGCCAUCCGCAAGGUUUACGAUGCCAUUGGACCUCAAUUCCUCCACAGGCUUCUUCAAACUGGAACCAGAAAAGAAAGUGAUGAUAGUCGUGACACCUAUUUGCAGGUGUCAAUCACAGUUCUAGCAGCAUUAUGUAGAGUUCCCGAGAUUGCAAGUUCUAAAGAUAUGGUAAGUAAGAUUCCUCUCAUUGUUGAGACAAUAUCAAGAGAAGCAUCAGGAUCACCUAUCAUUCAAGAAUGCUAUGAAUUCUUGUUUUUUGUCUCAACUGCCAAUCAAGAAGGGGUUAAAACCUUGUAUAAAACUGGCGGCUUGAACGUACUAGCUUCCCAAAUAAUGAAUGGCUCUAUGAUUGAACACGCUAUGAGACUAGUGCAGAUAAUUGUUACUAAGCUAGAAGUUUAUUCCGAGCAUUCAACUGAACUGGUAAUGGUGGUGGCUGCAUUGGCAAAACAGUUUGCUUUGCUGCAUAAUGCACUCAAGUUUGAAGCGCUUUCUCUCCUAUUCGCUAUCCUGUCCUAUGGAUAUAAUUGUGCACCUGUAUAUGAUGCUCUUCGCUUAAUGGGAAACGGCGUUUGGUCAACGAACAUAAGGAUUGGUAUUAUGGCUAUAUUGCAAAAUCGAGUUGCGCCUUCACAUAAGCUUCAAGCUCUUGUUCUGGCUGACUGUGUCAUGGGAAUCAUUGGUGAAAGGUGGCUUAUUGGGGAGAUGAACAUAACUGAUUCUCAGGAUUCCUUGUGUUUACUGCUUGUUUUGGAGUCAUCAAGGGUCGAAAUUGCUGUUCUUCUAAAUGACCUGGCAUACUUAAAAUAUGAAGCCUCUGACACGUCGUCCUCAAACAGAGAAAACAUUCUUGUGAAGCAGAGGAAUCUUGCUGUAGCCUUCUCUUUGGUUGAAAAGAUAAUUAAACUUAUCUCUAGCUUUGGUGAAGAAGAGUACUCAACUGCCAAUGAUGUUAUCAGUGGGAGCACCUUCACAAAAGUUAUUUCUGGGCUCAAUGAGACAAUUGGUGUUGUUUUGGACUAUCUACAAGAUACUAAGGAGCAUAGACAGAUGAAAGGGGAUGAUCUUCUAGGGGCAGUACGAGUAAUAGGAAGCUAUCUUGCUCAAGCACCAGAUGCAUGUAAAGAUAAGGUCACACAACUCCUAGGUUAUAUGCUUUCAAUUGAAGGGGAAGAUGAAUUGAGUCCUUUUUAUUCCAUCUGUUUUUUGCUUCCUGUGCUGUCUCAAAUAACUCUCAAGACCGGAGGAUGUACAAUUUUAGCUUCCUCAGGUGCAUAUGGAGAAGUUGUUGGUUGCCUCAUUGCUUUGAUUGACCAAAACAAUUAUGGUUCUAUAUUCUUGGCUUGCGAUACAAUUUUGAAUCUUCUUCUAAAGCGGGAGCAAAUUAAAUUUCCCUCAGAUGAUCCCAUUUUUAUCAGACUUUUAGUAGCAUUGUCACAUUGGGCAGAGGGUACAGAUGAUGCAUCUAUUAUCAUGAUGGCAUCAAGCAUCUGUUCACUUAUACUUGAUUUGACAUCAGAGGAAGCUCUUCCAACUCAUCCAGACUUCAGUAGUGGCACUACUGUUACUCUGUCAAAGCUCAUUGCACGAAGCUUUGCGAUGUGUGGUCAGGACUUGAUGUCAGAUGAUGCUAAAGCUGAAGUAGAUCUUUUUCAGAUAAUUGCCUCAGCAUAUUCCUCAUGGGUUGAUCGGUUUCCUCGUAUUAGACAAGCUGUCGAGAGCUCAGGGCCUUUUCCAUUUCGACAUGUUUCAUAGGACUCUUGUUCACUUGAUGAACUACUUAAUCAACAAGCUGAAUGACCCAACAAUUCAGCAGUACUUUUUGGAUGAGAAUUUAGCACAGUAUGGAUUAAAGUCAACAGAAACUAGUAGAUACACAUUGCACGGUUUUUAUCAACCACCAACAAGGGUAAUGGAUAAAGAACACUAUCCAUGCGCAAGGUUACAAGGCAGCAGAUAACAUCUUCUUGUAAUAUCCAAGAUAGAAAUUUUACGUUUUGUAAUGCUACUAGUACUAGUACUUAUUAUUUUGCAGAUGCUCGAAUCUUGUAACCGUUAAAAUGCUAUAAUAUUAAGUUAUUGCAGGCCAAAAAAAAAUGAACUUGUAGUUGCAUUUACAAAACCAAAAGCCGCAAGUACAACUCAGUAUAGCAUAAUGAGAUAACGGACCCCAAUCAUUUCCUCCAAUGUGGAAAGUUUUUUUUUUUUUUUUUAUACUAAUACCCUAUCUCUGCAAAAUUUAUAUCCUCAUUUAGUACCUUGUAGACUUAUGAUUAUUCUGCAAGA